CCAAAAAUCAAGGGGAGUAGUUACAUUUGCUAUUUCACCUGAAUUCUGGGUUGGGCAGUAAAUGGGGGAAGUACGGGUGCUGCAAAAUUUGUGGGCUGUCAGUUGGGAUUUGCAAGCACAUCCGGAAGGAUACUAGGAGCUCUACGGGCCUGUUUGCGAAUUCUUUGCGGUUGCGGGACAAUACUUGUGCUCGCCACCGCACCAGCUUGUACUGCACUUAUGGGACUCACCAUGUCGCCAAGUCAUACUGCAGUGCUGGUAUGUGAAAGACCAGGAUGUACUAGGCCACUAGUAAUCGCCAGUUCACCAAAAGAGCGCAGCACUAGUACUAGCACUAGUACUAGCACAGUGUGUAAUAUAUCAAGUCACAGUGACCUACUGACACUGCACUUGCUGGGGGAGAAGGGGGGGGGGUAAGCGUACGGACUAAACGCAGG